UUAAUUGCCAAAUUUCUUUCGCAGAUAAGUUUUGUUUUUUCUUUUUCACGAGGUUUUUGUUAUGAAGUAUUUUUUGGAAUAUCUAGUAAAAGGAAUCUUGAUAAAAUAUUUUUGCAUUGUAAUGUACAUUUCACAUAAAUAAUGGAAACGGCUUGCAGGAACAGAAGUUUCAACUUUAUCCACUCUGUAAUCUUUAUAGUUUAAUGUGAAAGGAAAAGCACCUGUUUAAGAUUAAUCGGAAGAUUUCAUAGCAUAAGAGUUUUUUAUGGUCUGAUUCCUGAAUAAUCAUGGCACAAUUAUUAGGUAUCGUCGACUACAUUGUGAUAGCCAUUACGCUAGCUCUAUCGACAUUGAUUGGCUUAUAUUUUCGUUUUUCGGGUGGUCGUCAGAAAACAACCAAUGAGUUCCUAAUGGGUAAUCAAAAUGUGCACAUUCUACCUGUCGCUGUCUCUAUCAUAGCUACGAGCUUGUCGUCUGUUUCUGUAUUGGGUGUACCAGCAGAAAUGUACCUGCAUGGCACGCAGUACGUAAUUACUGGCUUGGGCAUACCACUAGGAGGACUAUUGGCCGCCUAUGGAUUCUUACCUGUUUUCUAUGAAAUGCAAGUGUCCACAGCAUAUCAGUACUUGGAAAAAAGAUUUGGGAAAACAAUUCGAACUUUUGUAGCAACCCUCUACACUUUUCUAACGGUAUUAGAUAUGGGUGUUGUGUUAUACGCUCCUGCAUUAGCACUUAACGCUGUGACCGGUCUAUCAACCUGGGCAUCUAUUUUAUCAAUUGCCGCAGUGUGCAUGGUUUACAGUUCCCAAGGAGGACUCAAAGCAGUUGUAUGGACAGUUGUAUUUCAGUCUGCUCUUAUGUAUUUGGCCAUGGUUGCUCUUAUUGUGAAGAUAUCUAUGAUGCUAGGCUUCAAUGAAGUUUUUGACAUAGCCAGAAGAGGAGGUAGAUUCAUUUUCUUUGAGUUUUCCGGGGACCUGACUGAGCGUUACACAUUUUGGAACUCUUUUGCUUAUGGCUUUACUUUCUGGUUGUUGUUAUACGGAUCAAAUCAAUCAACCAUACAGAGAUUUUUGAGUGUUGGAAGUCUAAGAAAGGCUCAACAAGCAUUGAUUCUGAGCAUUCCAUUCCUGAUGUUUUUUACCGUUUUCACCCUAUGGGACGGAAUCGCUCUCUAUGCCCUAUUUUAUGACUGCGAUCCGAUAGAAGAUGAAAAUGUGAAACUCAGGUCCGCCGACCAACUGAUGCCUUAUGGCAUUCUAUACAUAUUUGGUAACAUACCGGGUCUCACCGGUUUGUGCAUCGCCGGGGUGUUCAGUGCGUCGCUCGGUGCACUAUCAUCAGCCGUGAACGCUUUGGCUAACAUCACAGUAGAGGACUUUAUAAAACCCUUCUGUUGCAGAAAUAUAAGUGAUACUUGGAUGACUUUCAUAGCCAAGUUACUUGCUGUAGGGUACAUAGGUCUCAUUUUGUUAAUGGCGCUGGUAGCUUCCUCCUUCAGAAGCAUCCUUGAAGCUGCCACAAUCAUAUAUUGCAUGAUAACAGCACCGAUUCUAGGAAUAUAUUUAUUGGGAAUGUUCAGUACAACAGCCAAUGAAAAAGGUACAUUGGUAGGUCUCUUGACGGGUGUGACUUUGUAUGCUUGGGCAGGGUUUGGUAACUACAUCACCAAACCUGGAAUUACAACCCUGCCUCGAAAUACUACAGGUUGUUAUACGAAUUCAAGCACAGAAUUUGUUAAUAUUUCAACUGAUGCAACUAUAAUAGAAAGCUCCACUGAUGUACUUCAUCUCACCAAAAACGAAGAAAGUGACAUUUUCAUAGUCUACAAACUGUCUUACAUGUGGCUUCCUCUGUUUUCUGUGGUCAUAACAUUAGUUGUCGGUUACCUAACUAGCUUUCUUUUAAAAUUUUGUAUCCAUGUGCCUGAAGUAAAACCGGAAACUAUUAGCCCUUUCGUUAGAAAAUUGUAUUUUAAAACAUCUGCGGACACAGAGAAAUCCAAAUUAAAAAUUAAAAAGACGGAAACGCAAAAGGAGAAGACUGUAACUGCCUGGUAAAGGAGAAGACUACAAACUGUCAUAGUAUUAACAUCGACUCAAUGAAAGACUGAAAGCAGCUCCUGUAAAUAUAAAGACUGAUUUUUCCACAGUUGCAAAUGAGAAAUAUGUCAAGAAAAACAGAAAUGAGAGGUGUAGUUCUGAAAACUUUGCCUUUUCCAUUUAGGUUUGGAAAUAAGACUGGCCAAAAAUAACAAUUGCAUGGUUUGAGUUUUCUUCGAUACGUAACUCAGCAGAAAAAAUUAUAUUUGUGCGUGUAUCCAAACUUAUCUUUAUAUCGUUUUAAUACAUAAUUUUAUCCUUUGUUUUCUUUUUAAUUUGUACAAGAAAAUGAAAUUCUAAAAUUUCUUUCUGCAAUCUUGGAAUCAACGACAGACUAUUGUUGAAAUGUUCUUCGAAAACGUCUUUCCUUUUUCCGAAAAUUUAUGUUAAAAAAUCUGGAUUUUAUAAGAGUCCUUUGUAUAAAAAAAGGCUUUGCCAAUUCUAUUGAUAACUAACUCACUUAUGAAUUUGCAUCUUAGAUAAUUUAUUAUGGAUUCCCUUUUAUUCUAAUAAAAUAUCUUACAUUGAAAAGGAAUGGUAUGAAAAUACUUCAUACAUUUAAAAAUAGAAUAAAAAAGAAGUUGCAUAACAUGUGUAAAAUUGUGGAGCAAUUUAUUUAUUUAGAUAUUAAUAAUAUUUAUUUAGAGGGAAAUGUAUUCAGU